AUGGCAGGUGCCAAGCUUUUUGGUGCCUCUAACAUGUCACUUUUGCUCCAAAAUGAAACACUCCCUUCUUCGAACCAUCAAGUCCUUGAAUCUCUUUGGGUUCAUACCUCUAACCCUGCCUCUUUUCAAGGUUCAAAGACAAUAGUUGAUUUUGAGAAUGUUGGAAUUGGAAGCAGGGUGGUAACAGACAUACCCUUCUUUCAACAACUUGAGAAAGAAGAGAAUUGUGGUGAUGAAGAUUAUGAAGCAUGUUUUCAUCAACAAGGAAAGAAAAGGAGACUCUCAAGUGAACAAGUUCAGUUUCUUGAAAGAAGUUUUGAGGUUGAAAACAAGCUUGAACCUGAUAGGAAAGUGCAACUUGCUAAAGAUCUUGGGUUGCAACCAAGACAAGUUGCUAUAUGGUUUCAAAAUAGAAGAGCCAGGUUCAAAACUAAGCAGCUUGAAAAAGAUUAUGGCACAUUGAAAGCUAGCUUUGAUAGACUCAAAGAUGAUUAUGAUAAUCUUGUUCAAGAGAAUGACAAGUUAAAACAAGAGGUGAAUUCUUUGAAGAGAAAAGUGAAUCCAAUAGAUAAAGAGAAUUCAGAAGAAGCUAUCAACAAAGAGACUAUGGACUUAACCUCAAAUGAAAAUUCAGAAAAUGGGUCCAAAGUGUCAUUCCCAAAUAUGGUACUAAGAUGUAAACAAGAAGAUGCUAAUUCAGCUAAAAGUGAUUUGCUUGAUUCUGAUAGCCCACAUUGCAAUGAUGUUAACAAUCUUUCUUCAUUCAUGGAGCCUACUACAGAAUCGUCACAUGUUUUCGAACCUGAUCACUCCGAUUUCUCACAAGACGAAGAAGAUAAUGAUGAUUUGAGCGAUAAUCUUUUGACUCUUCCAAAGAUCGAAGAUGUAUGUUACAACGACCCUCGUGAAAAUUCUUGUAAUUUCGGGUUUCCGGUUGAAGAUCAAACCUUUUGUUUCUGGCCUUACUCAAUUUAA